AUGGAGAGCUUCAUGGAGUCGCUAAACAGGCUGAAGGACGUCCAUGAGAAUGAGAUCACGGGCCUGCAGAACAAGCUUCUGGAACUGAACUCAGAGAGGUGCCGGGACGCCCAGAGGGCGGAGGAGCUCUGUGCCAAGAACCGCCAGCUCAGGGAGCAGCAGAGGGCGCUGAAGGAGAACCUGCGGGCGCUGGAGAACAGGCUGCGGGCGGGCCUGUGCGACCGCUGCAUGGUCACCCAGGAGCUGGCCAGGAAGAAGCAGCAGGAGUUCGAGAGCUCCCUGCUCCAGAGCCUGCAGCAUGUCUUCCUCCUCACAACCGAGCUGACCCGGCUGCAGGAGGAAAACGAUGCCUUGAAGGAGGAGGUGAAGCAGCUCCGGGGCCCAGGGGCCAAGCCCCAGUUCAGGGAGGGCGCCCCAGACCCCACGUCACCCCUGCUGUUCCCCUCCCUGGGCACCCGGAAGGCCGUCACUGAGAAGCCACUAGAAGGCCAUGAGGAGAUGGAGGAUGGCCACGCAGAAAGGCCAGUGGGGUACGGGACGUCUCCAGUAGCCAAAAUCUCCCCGGGUGCCAACCUGCCUGAGCCCCGGGCCCCGGACAUGAGCCCCCAGCACAUCUCCAACCAGCUACACGGGACCAUCGCCGUGGUGCGGCCAGGGUCUCGGGCCUGCUCCGCCAACCGGGGAUCCGUCAAUGGGACGUCCCCACUGCCGCCCCCCAGGAGCAGCCCCCCAAGCCCGCCUGGAGAGCACAGCCUCCCGCUGGACAGCGGGCUCCUCCUCGCCCACAGCUUCCUGCAGGCUUCUCUGCCCUCUGCCAAGCCCUGCGAGUCCCCGAAGCACUCCCUCCAGGCUGACCACCUCUGCCACCUGAACCGCCACCUGGCCCUACCCCGUAGGAGCCCUCACAGCGGCCCCCAGACCCCGGGCCUCAAGGCCGGGGAGGCGGAGGCCUGGGAGGAGCCCGCGGGUCUGCUGGGCCUGCCAGGCACCCUGGCGGGCGUGCGGGACCCGCGGCUGGAGGGAGCGCUGCACCUGCUCCUGGCCCAGCAGCUGUGGGCGCGGGGGCGGGCGGGCGGUGCCGGGCUGAAGGGCCCACCGGUGCCGGGGAAGGCGCCACCCUCCCCGCCUGCCGGCCCCCGCUCCGAGGGUCCCGGGGUCGGGGCGGCCGGGGCAGCCCUGCCCAGAGGGCAGCACCCACAGCCCGCAGGCCCAGGCAGUCCCGGGGCAAAGGAGGCCUCGGCCACACAGGACUAUGUCCCAGACAAGCCCCUGGACCUCUCGGAGUGGGGUCGGGGCCGGGACGGCGCCCCCAAACCUGCCAGCCAGGCAGGAUCACUCAGCCCCCCAGGUGCCCACACGCCCAGCCCCAAACCACCCCUGGGAGUAGAGGCCGCUGCACAGCCUGGGGUCCAGGGACUCGGCAACGGCCCCGAGGGCGCCGAAGAGCCUCCGACUUCCACGGAGCCCUCACAUUCUCUCCCAGGCCCCAGCCUGCCCUCUCCACGUGGGCCAGGAGAUGAGGACACAGGGAGGCCGAGGCCGCCCCCCUGCCCGCAAAGGCCUGAUGGAGACGGCCACCCCGGUGAGGAUGAGUACUGACAGCUCAGCAAAGCCCAAGGACAGUGGCCGGAGUCGGAUGAGCUAGACAAGCCAGACACCUUGGACAGCGAGGUCGGGCUGAGCACCGAGGCGGGGGCCACGCGGAGCUUGCCAGCCGAGGGACCCAGGGGGUUCUGCGCCACGGAGCGUGGGCGGGGCCCACAGAAGAGGAAGCGGGCCUCAGACCAGUGGAGCAAAGGCCUGCGUCGCAGGCUGGGCUGUGGCCGCCACAAUGCGCCACUGUUGCCGGGAAGGUGA